AUGACUUUGCCUACUUUUCCUUCAGAACUCAUCGGUAAAAUUCUAUCUCGGCUCAACGUGGCGGACCUGCAUUCGACGGCAUUAACCUCGCCAGCCUUGCGCAAGGUGGCCAAUUCCAUUUUGUUCAAAGAGUUGGUUAUUCCGAGUAAUCGCUCCUCACUCAAGCUUUGUCAAGCAUUGCUUCGCAAUCCCGACCUGGGCCAUGAUGUACGGCAUGUCAGUUUUGCCUAUGCCGAGCGCCGCUACCCUUUCGAAUAUCUCCCGAACGUCCCCCAUCCCGGUUCGUUGGGUCCGCGUGGCUUUCCAAGCCUACCAUCUCCACCACUAAGUCAAAGCGACCUCGACCAAGCCCGUUACGUGCUACAGCAUGCGGCGUCGCCGGUCCCCGAUCGGGAAGUCGUAUCGUGGAGCGCGUUGCUAUCGGCCGGUAGCUUCCAAGCGGCGGCUGUUAUUAUCAUCCUACUCUGCUCGAAUCUACGGUCGUUGGAACUUAACCAGCCAGCAUCCGACUUCCACUUCCCCCCAUUCCUUUUGGUCAAUCUCCCGGAGCUCCGAAAUUUUACUCUAAAAUGGCACAAGAUACCGGUCGAUAGCCCAGUGAGCUGGGACCACCCCGCCGACUAUGAUCUGGUCGUGGCUGCGCUGCAGAAUCCGGUUAUAGAUUGCAUUCGCCUUCAUAUAACAGACCCAGUAAGAGACACAUCAGCUACAACCCUAGAAGACGCUUUGCGAUCAAUCCCGGAAGGGAGCUGCAAGGGGCCGCAGGCUCUUUACCUAGAAAAAUCCUACCUCGUUAGCGCCUCGUUCGGAGUACUGCUUGAAAAAUGCCCGCGACUGCAUACUCUUGAAGCAGACCUCUAUUGGGACGGAUGCUCUUCUAACAGAACUAUUGACUGUGCUACAUUAGGCCGGCAGCUUGGGAAACUGCCGAUGCUAAAGCACCUCGGAUAUAAGAUCAAAAUCUGGCCCUCUCAAGCAGCAGACCCGUCAAUGACUGGUGGCGACCCCGACAGUGGAGAUAUGUGGGGCGUCAAGGGCCGGGUAGGCUCCUUGAAGCACUUGAAGCUAGAAACGCUUGAAAUGUCGCUUGUGGUGUUGUUGGGAUGGACGCCAUCCAAACUCGAUCAGUCUUUGGGGGAUAUACUCCCGCGCAACCUCCGAAGCCUCUGCCUUACGGAUGACAUGGGGGACUUUCUUUAUUGGAAAUGGGAGGGGGAAGACUUGCUCGGGGUUCUGUGUCCGUAUAUCGAGGCUCGGGAUACGGCGCCGUCUCUAGAGCGCGUCGAGAUGUCGCUGGUCUGGGAUGAGGAGGGAGGUGUGCCGGGUGAUAUGCUGGAACCGCAUAACCGGAGUCGGCUACGGGAGGUCUGCGCUACUGCGAGGGUACAAUGCGCAAUACUGGACCUUUAA